UCAGCGGCCACUUUCUUUUCCACCACGAGGGAGGGAAAGAGGGGAGUCUGGAUAUCGCUGAGGCUGGUUUCUCUGUCUUUCGGGUCCGGAUCAUGACAGCUUGACUCAGUCUCCUGUAACCUUUUUGCAUCCGUUUCGCAUCAAGUUGGGGGGAAAGUGUGGAAACCGCGUCGCUGCAGCAUCGCAGAGACCCGACCGCUGAGGCUGAAAGUACGUGCUGUGAAUCCUGAUCACGGCUUGGAGUGAUUUUUCUUUUUUCUAACUGCACAAGAGCAUCUAAUCGAAUUACCCCAGCCAUUCCUCAUUGACCUCCACUAACUUUUUUUGUGCAUGAUUGAGAGCAAACUCAAGUUCUUUUCUUGUAUUUGACAAAUAGUCGACAUGGCGUCACUCUAUCAGAGAUUCACCGGCAAGAUCAACACAAACAAAUCCUUCCCCAACCCUCCAGAGGCGAGCCAUCUCCUCGGGCAAGGUGUCGAGGGGGAGAGGGCGGCGGAGAGCCAGCGACCCCGGCUCCAGUACCGGCAGCGCUGCGAGGACGAGGAUGAGCUGGUGGGCAGUAACCCUCCGCAGAGGAACUGGAAGGGAAUAGCGAUCGCCCUUCUUGUCAUUCUGGUCAUCUGCUCGCUGAUCGUCACCUCCGUCAUCCUGUUGACACCAGGUGAAGAUGAUGGCCUGGCUCUCAAGGGCAAGGUGACUGUUGCAGACCUCUUCAGAAAAGACUUCAAGGUUCACGACCCUAACGCUAAAUGGAUAAGCAGUAAUGAGCUAUUAUACCGGAAUCGUGAUGGCGACGUCGUCAAGUUCAACGUCGACACUGAUGAAAAGACCAUCUUGGUGCAUAACAAGAAGUUUGAAAUGUACAAAGCCAGCAAGUAUGAGGUGUCUCCUGACAUGAAGCAUGUGCUGCUGGCCUACAACGUUGCACCGGUGUACCAGCAUUCUUACACGGCCUUCUACAUCAUCUGCAGUCUGGAUACUCCGGCGACGUGGAACUUGAACCCUCCAGAGGUGCGAAAUGCUCAGCUGCAGUACGCAGGCUGGGGACCCCAUGAGCAGCAACUGAUCUUCGUUUUUGAGAACAACAUCUACUAUCGCUCCAGGGUGGACAACCGCUCCAUUCGUCUGGUGUCUACUGGCAAAGAGGGCGUCAUCUUUAAUGGGCUCAGUGACUGGCUGUAUGAAGAGGAGAUUUUCCAGUCCCAUAUUGCCCAUUGGUGGUCUCCAGAUGGUGCCAGGUUAGCGUACGCCACCAUCAAUGACACCCUGGUGCCCAGGAUGGAGCUGCCCAUGUUUACAGGCACACCGUACCCAAUGGGAAAAGAGUACCACUACCCUAAGGCUGGUGAGGAGAACCCAGUUAUCACUCUGUAUGUUGUGAACCUUAAUGGUCCGCCUCACACCAUCGAGAUGAGGAGACCUGAUGAUCCCAGGAUGGGUGAAUACUAUGUGACUAUGGUGAAAUGGGCCACCACUACCAAACUGGCUAUCAACUGGCUGAACAGAGCCCAGAACAUCUCUAUACUCACACUGUGUGAGGCUACAACAGGGGUCUGCACAAAGAAACAUGAGGAUGAAAGUGAAGGAUGGCUGCACAGACAGAAUGAGAAACCUCUGUUUUCCAAAGAUGGGCUGAAGCUGUUCUUCACCCGCGCCAUUCCUCAAGGAGGCAGGGGCAAGUUCUUCCACAUCUCCAUGUCCAUCUCCCAGCCCAACACCAGCACAGACACACUGCAGUCCAUCACGUCUGGAGACUGGGAUGUCACCCAAGUCCUGGCCUAUAAUGAGGACAGCCAAUUGAUAUACUUCCUGAGUACUGAGGACGGUCCAAAGCGAAGACAUUUGUACAGCGCGGACACCUUUGGUUCGUUCAACCGUCGCUGUCUGUCGUGCUCCUUGGCCAACAGCUGUGAUUACAUCAGCGGCUCCUUUAGCCACAACAUGAGUUAUUUCCUGCUCAACUGCCAAGGACGGGAGAUCCCAUUUGUAGCCAUUUACAAGACUCAGAGAGACGCAGAAAGUGAGACGCAAGACAGAGAAAGUAUUACAGAAGUGCAUAAACUGGAGAACAAUGAGAACCUGAGGCUGACCCUGGACUCCAUGCAGAUGCCUAAAGUGGAGUACAAGGAGAUCAACAUGGAUGACUACACCUUGUCGAUGCAGAUCCUCAAACCUGCCGGCUUCCAGGACACAGCGCACUAUCCACUGCUCCUGCUGGUCGAUGGGACACCCGGUGGCCAGAUGGUGGCAGAGCAGUUUCACAUGGACUGGGCCACGGUGCUAGUGAGCAGCUUCGGUGCCAUCGUGGUGCGCUGUGACGGGCGAGGCAGCGGCUUCCAGGGCACCAACCUGCUGCACCGGAUCCAAAAGAAACUGGGCGUGUAUGAGGAACAGGAUCAGAAAGAAGCACUCAAUUUUAUUUUGAAAGAGCCCUACAUCGACAAAACCAGAGUUGGAGCUUUUGGAAAGGUGUAUGGAGGCUACGUGACCAGCCUGUUGGUGAGUGGUGAGGAAUCCCCUGUAAAGUGCGGCGCUGUCCUCUCACCCAUCACUGACUUUGAAUUAUACGCCUCUGCAUUUUCAGAGCGAUAUCUUGGGCUGCCGAAACCUGAUCCAAGGGCAUACACAAUGGCAAAUUUAGCACACAGAGCAUCUCAAUUCAUGGAUAAGAAGUUCCUUAUUAUUCAUCCAACAGCUGAUGAAAAGGUCCAUUUCCAACAUACAGCAAAAUUCAUCGCCCAGCUCAUCAAUGAAAAGGCCAACUAUACCUUACAGAUCUACCCAGAUGAAGGCCACUUCAUUCACAGUGAAGCAACAAGGCAGCACCUCAGCCAGUCUCUGGUGAACUUCUUCGAGGAAUGCUUCAGGCUACCAGAACGUGUGUUUGAGGAGGCCCUGGAGGAGGAGAGUGAAGACGAGGGUUAGCUUGACCUCCUGAGGCCCAAUUGUGCUCUGAAUCCUUCCCACCCAUACAUCCACCCACCUAACCUCCAUCCUGUCCCUGUGCCCAAGCACAACACUGGCAUACAGUUGUCCACAAUAUGCAACUCUCAUCUGUUCUUGCUCAAUUUGAUUUGCAUUUGGACUCCCCGUGUCCGCAUGCUGAACCUGAGACUGCCUUACCAGCAGACCUACUCCUACAUCCAUCCUCCCACUAUCUGCCCUGAGUUCGACUCCAAACGGCCCUCCGGAGAGCCAACAAAGACUGAUGACCUGACAUGAUGCUUUGGAAUAUACUGAUUGAUUUAACAGGGAGCGGUCUCCUUCGCAGCAGGAUGGACCAGCUCCCUAAAAGCAGUGGAAACAAAGCAUCAGCUCUCACACAGACUUUCAAGCUGUGGGGAGAGGGAACACCUUAUAGCACAUAACUCAUGGGCUUGUAUAUUAAUGAAAUUUAGACGCCUGGUGAAGAACGCUGGUGGACAGUGUUCACAAUGGGUGUCUGGGAUUGUGCAGAUACAGGAAAUGUUACUAUUUUUAAAGUUGUGAAGAACUUUCAUGUUGGACUGUGGUUGUGUCUAUUGUUCUUACAGUAUGUAAAAUAGCACACAGACAUUCACUCGCCUACUACGGAUAUAUUUUGUUUUGGUGUUCAUGUUUGCCCCGAUGUUCAUCUCGUAGCCUCAUUUUAUGUAUUUCAGUGAUGCUGACGGAAUUCUUGAGCUGGCAAAGUGUUUGGAAGAAAAAAAGCGCUGUGGGUUUGUUAACGUGUCGUUUGAGACGGUUUUAUUGUGACGCUCCAGUUUUAUUUAUCAAAUGUUUUUCAAAAGAGACAAACUUGUUUUAGUCACUGUGCCUUACUUUGUCAGACAACAUCCUGCUAUGAGACUGCAUUUAUGAAUUAGCCUUCAACAAGGCUAAUUUUCUCAAAAUAGUUUGACAUUUUUGGAAAGAUAUUAUACGCGGUCUUGUCAAAAGAGGAUUGAGUCCACUCACACAUCUGCCUGUUAAAUAUUAAGCUACAGGCAGCAGCUGGUUAGCUUAGCAUAGAGUGAAGACUAGAAGCAGCUAGCCUAGCUGUUUUUCCCCCUGUUAUGCUAAGCUAAGCAAAGCUAAGCUAACCCUCUCCUGGAUUUAACUAAAUAUUUAACUGACAGACACGACACUGGUAUCAGUCUUUUGUCAGAAAGACUGUCAGAAAGAAUGCCAAUAAGCGUACUUCCCAAAAUGGCAGCUAUUGUUUUUAAUCUAUGGCCUGAAAUAGAUAAUUAAAAUAAAUCAUGUAAGCUACAUUCUGUAGCUAAUUCCUGAUUGACAAACUGUAGGGAUUAUAAAGUUUCGCUAAAUAUUAUUCUCCGGAAAUAUGUCCAAUGACAUCAGUGCACCAAGCUAAAUGUAUAGAAUCUGCAUGCGUCAUUGCUUAUGACAUGUUAAAGAAUGGUAGGUGAAGGAAACGGAACAGGAAGUGCAGUUUUUGUGACUGAAAAUGCUGCGUCACUCACACUCGGUUUAAAUCACAGAAUACAUUGUUCAAAGUUGAAGGCGAGAGGCCAUUAGGAUUAGAGGUAUACCCUUAGAAUUAUUUAUUUGUAUAUAAGGAGGGGGGGUUAUCCAAAUAUAACAUGCAUAACAAUGAAUUCUUGAGGCACAUGUUUAAUUUUCCAUUUUUCUAUUUUCUUAUUUGAAUGGCCAUUUGUGUUACUUUUCAGUGCAUGUCCAGACGUUAUUUGCAGCACUAUCCCUGAUAGCUCAGUUCCACAUGGUAAUUUUGACAUCUUGAAUGUUCCUUACUGGAUUGCAUAAAUUACAUCUCCAGUAGUAUUGUGAUUGAGAUCCCAGUCUCGUCAGCUUGAUGUGUAAAUGUUAUUCAAAUAUCAUUUUAUUCUAAAAAAAAAGAAAAAAAGAAAAAAGAAAACAAUAUUAUCUGAGUGUUAUUUGUGCAUAAAGCAUUUUGGAAGUUACAUUUGACUAUUCAUUUCUGUUUUCCUGUUGCUGUCCUUGAAAUUGAGUUGAAAGUGGAAUUUAUAAAUGCAGACGGCAACAUCGAACUUUCUUGCCAGUGGUUGAGGACUUUUUCAAGACGCUCAACUUUGUUAUCCAAAGCAUAGAAGGAGAGUCAUGGCAGAUUGUGGCAUGAAGGUAAAUGUUAGAAUAAAAAAAUAGAUAUUUUAUCAGCUUUCAGUGUUUUUUUGGGUCAUAUGUUUUAUUGUGAAUUUCAGCGCUCUGCUGCUUUUUUUUGGCCGCAUUAAACAGAACAUUACAUAUUAUAUCACUGCAUAAAGCUAUGUUAUUCAACAACUGCUAUUCACACAGCUAGCAGACACAACACGACUAUUCAUUCUGAUGCAUGUCAUGGAAGUAUGAUGCAUUUGUUUUUCUGAAUUAAAAAGAUUAUUAACUCAGAGUUCUGAGAAAAGUCAUCAUAGGAAAAUAUUUGCCAUUUUUCUAAAUGACCAUGAUAGACCAUGACAUCAUGUCAUAAUUAUGGGAAGUUUCAUGGUAAAAAAAUAAAUUGUGCUUGUUUUCUCAGUUAUUCAUUUCAUUCAUAUUCAAUAUUAUCCUCUUGAGGGUCGCGGGGGGGAGGGCUGGAACCUAUCCCAGCUGACAUUGGGCGAGAGGCAGGGUACACCCUGGACAGGUCGCCAGACUAUCACAGGGCUGACACAUAGUGACAGACAACCAUUUACACUCACGGCCAAUUUAGAGUCACCAGUUAACCUAACCUGCAUGUCUUUGGAUUGUGGGAGGAAGCCAGAGUACCCACAGAAAACCCCUCACUGACACGGGGAGAACAUGCAAACUCCACACAGAAGGGCUCCCUCCUGGGUUUGAACCAUAAACCCUCUUGCUGUGAGACGACAGUGCUCACCACUGCACCACCGUGCAAGACCAUAAUCAUGUCAAUAAAUCCUGAGAGUAAUAUUCUGGCUCUUAAAGUUGCUAAAUGCUCCACUACAUGAACUAACUAGCUUGUUGGGAAUUGUCUGUGUGCUGUUUGGUGCUGAGCAGGAGCUGCCAUAAACUGAGAAUGAGAACAGACUUUGUAGGUCGAAUAAAAAAUAUUAGUCAGUGCAGCUUUAAAAAAAUAAUAAUAAUUUUAAAAAAAAGUUUAUAAAUGCAGCAGCUUUAAAGGGGGAAUCCUGCAUAUUUCAACCUGGACCCUUUUUUUUUGUUCACAUUAUUGUGUCUAACUGACUUGUGGGAACACUUUUUGACAUUGGUCCAGUAUAGACAGAGCUACAGCCAGCAGCAGUAAAGCAGGAUUAAGUGUACCCACUCAGAUCAGAUGCGCAUUAAAAGUUCUUGUUUUGCCACUGACAGGCUCAGGGUGUUAUUAUGAGUGUCU